GGAAUCAAUAAUUAAGCAUGCCAUUGUUGAUGAUCCUGAGAUGACAAGGUUUUCCUAGUCAUAAUUAAACAUGGUUGAAACCACCUUCUUAAUGUCUAGACAAAGGCAAUAGUAAUCCAAUUCUUUGGAACAUAUGUAUGUUCAAAAGAAACACGAAUAUUCGGCACCAUUGUUGAUCGCAAAUUUAAAUUUUAUUUUUUAGUGGGAGUUGUCACCAUUGUCUCUGUUGAUUGCUUUCAGCAGUGCAAGUGGCGUCGUUCAAAUUUUAAUUUAUGUUGUAAGGACCUUUAGGAUUUUAUGAUCUCAUUUUGGAGACAUAGAGAACUUCAGAUUAAUGUUUCUUGUAACUUUUUUUUUCCAUACUCCACGAUGAUUCAAUUCGUGAAAGUAGUCUACCUUUAUUAUUAUGGCAUUCUUUUGGUGCUGUAUCUAUACUGAUACAGGAAAUAAUGUCAAUAAACCGUUCAGUGUCUUCUCCAUACCUUAGCAAUAGAGUUCGCUGGGCACUUGCUUUAUUUCAGGUUAUAUUUUUGUGAUCUCAACUUUCUUUUGACUUUUGUUUUGUUUUGUCUUGUAGAUUGAAAGCUUGCUUAAAUGAUUUCAACUUUUAUGAAUUCAAUUACAUGUACUAUUUAAGGCUUUGUUUGGAGUGAAUUAUCUGCAAGAAAAGAAAUAAAGUGAAUUCUCACACAAUCAUACUGCUUUUAUUUCUUUUAAAAUUAAUUCUUUUAAGUAAAAAAUUGAACUCUUUCACUUAUUAUAGUUCCAAUCACGAUAAUUAACAAAAAAAAUUCUAUUCGAUUCUUGCAAAUUUAUAGUGUUUAAACGAACUGUAAGUGUUUACUUUUCAAGAAUAAUGGGAAAUAAUCUGUCACUAUUUGUCUUCUAAGAAAAAAAAAGUGUGCAUAUGUUGUUGAAGUUGAAUAAUUCACUGUUAUACUAUAGAUAAGCUUUUCCUUUUUCAAAUUGAAGAUUGCUAAAUAAACAGGUUAUGGAAACAGAUAUUAGAAAAUCUUAAUUUAUCAUUUUUGAACUUCAGAACAACAAAGGCUUAACCCAAACUAGUUGGAAUCGUCUAUAAGGAUCCUUUUUGCCAUUCAGCUCUAUUAGGCACCAAGUCAGCAGCAAUAUCCUAAGCUUGUAAAUCUUUUGAUAACACUUCUUCCAUGUCAAUUUUUUUUUGUCAGUGGAAAUAUUAGUUUGGUUACUGGUUUCCAAAUUAAGGGAACAGAUAAAAUUAAUAGCAAUGGAUAAUGGAUUGCCAUGAUGGACAUUUCCACACGUUAGAGCUGCAAGGAUGAAAUUCAGAUGCUUGUAAAGUGUGAUUCAAUAGUGUUUCUAUUUAAGAAAUUAAUAAUGGGUUUAUUAGGUUUACUGUGCAUCAUGGUUGAAGUUUCCAAGUGGUACUCAUUAGCAUUUGAUACUAAUUUACAAGUUUCCUCAUUUUCUUUAUGGCUGGUAUUGCAUUUUUUUAGAAUAUAUUGUUCCCUCAAAUUUGUAACUUUUUAAUUUCUUUCUACAGGGCAUAGCAUCCCAUCCCCGGGCAAAGUUGAUUCUCAUUUAUGGUAUUUUUUUCCUGUCUGUGACAUUUUUGUGGAUGUUUAAAUUGCUAACUUUUUCUCCUAUAUUAUCUUAAUUUAUCGUAGGGAAAUCAAUUCAUAGAAUCACAUGGGUCUAUGAGUUACUUGGAUUAUUUGAAAUUAUGAGAAAGUAAUUUCUGAAGUAGUUUCCUCACUUCAAUGAUUUGUUAGGCUUUUGGAGUCAAUAUUUUAACAAACUCUCUAUUAGGUUUGAUGGAUUAUUACUUUGUUAGCUUUGUCUCUUGCACUGAAUUUGAUUUUUUCCUAAUGAAGACUUUUAUGGUCCUGGUCUCUAGCAUUUAUUUACAAUUUGAAUGCUUCAUUUGUUGAUAUUUUGGACAAGUAGAGAUACUUGUAAUUAAAUCUUAUCUUUUUCAGCUGAGAUACCCAAGCAUCUGAAACCCUUUCUUGACAUCCGGAACGAAGAAAUGCAUCAUGAAUCUUUAAGACAUAGCAGCUUAGUGGUUCUUGAAGCACUAGUAAAGGUUGAUGAUGCAAAAGUUAUAGGCUUUUUUCUUAAAUAUGAUAUGAUUACUUCUUUCUUAAACUGCAUGGAGUUUGGCGGUGCAUUGUCAAGAACAACAGCCACGUUUAUAGUUCACAGAAUCCUAUUAAAUAAAGACGUUUUUUCGCAUUGUGAUCAAGCGGGCCGAUUUCUGGACAUAUUGAGAAGGUUAGAGCUCAUGAUUAACGAGCUGGCUAAAGGUGGCAGUUUUGCAGAAGAUACCAGAAAGCAGCUGCUUCAACAAAUUAUUUUGUGUUAUCAUAGGUUAUUAGAAAAUCCAGGUUUGCUGAAUGCUAAUACCGUUGCACUUCAUAUAUUUAUUUGCAAUUUUAUUUUUUGUAUUUAUAUGUUGUGUGAAAUUGAAUGGCAGUGCAUAUGCUAAACUUAGAAACCAGCUUCCCAAGGAGUUGAGAGAUUCAUCUUUCACUAACAUCUUGCAGGUUAGUUUGAAAGGCUUUACCUUUACUGUGCGUGUGUAGGAAAUUGCUUGUUGAAUCCACAUCAGUUUGGGAUAGGUAAUGUGCCUUGUAAACUUCUUAAGCACUCCUCCCUUGAGCUUUUGGGAUGAGUUAGGCGCGGUCCAUAUUUAACAUGGUAUCAGAGCCUACUACCGAUAUUGUAUCUCCUUAAAUAUUUCUCACUCUAGUAAAGUUUUAGGUGUGAGAGAUAUAUUGAAUCUCACAUCAUUUUGGA